AUGCUGAAGGCAAAUUUGUUUGCUCCUUUUACUGUCAUCUCUCAUCCCAUCCUUUCCGUCUCCUUGUUUGCAUUUCUCUCUAGCUGUAGCAAGAAAUUGAAGCGGACUGAAGGUAGUGGUGGUGGAGGUGAGGAUAAAGAAGAGUUUUCAAUUGUCCGAAAUCCGGCUGAAGUAGAGGUGUCGGCAUCAUCGUCAUUGGCACUCGAGGGGCCUCACUUGACGUCACAAAGGAAGCCGAUGGAGGUGGAGGAGCAUGGGCGAGUGGUUUUGGUGCGAAACGUGGCCUUUCAGGCCAACCAGAGUGAGGUGACCGCUCUCUUCAAACCCAUCGGUGGGUUGGUCAAGGUGCGGAUGCCUCUAAAGCCCUCCGGUGGUCAUCGUGGUUUCGCUUUCGUGGAAUUUGCUACCGAAGAUCAGGCUAAGUGCCUGCGACUUUGUACAAAAGUGGUGUAUUUUGACUCCGAAUUUGUGGUUGUUUCCUCCUUCUCCUGUGCGGCUGUUUCCGUUGUGAGGGAUGAGGAAUGA